AUGAAUUCUAAAUCUGAAGGAACAAUGGAUAGUAUUUCUGAAAAAGUUCAUAGAACUAUGCUGGAUAGUUUCCGGAUGAGUGACUUACAAAGACUAUUAGAAGCUUUUGGUCAAAAUAAAGAAGGCCGAAGAAUUGAAUUAAGAAAUCGAGCACUUGAAUUGUUAAGGUCUAGACCUAAUGACUUUGAUUUUGUAGCAUAUCUAUCAAAAAUAGAAGAAAUAUAUAAGUACAAGGAAUUUUGUGCGCGCAAUUUUAUACAUCCUCGACAAGAACAGAUGAUGUAUAUGCGUCACAUGCACACACCACUACAAAGAAUGUAUCCACGACCACGAUAUCAUCCUCAACAACAAAGAAUGUAUCCACUGCCACAUUAUCUUCCUCGACAACCAAUACAUAUGACCCGUCCUGGAUUGUCACAGUAUAUAAUAAGAAAACCAAGAGGCGUACAUGGAAACCCUACUGGUCAAAAUAUCAUUCCUGAAAACACUAUGGCGAACAAUAACAUUCGGUAUGCUUUAGGUAGUUUUCAGCCAGCUGAACCUCAUGCUAUAGUGCCAUCCCAAUUACCUUUAGAUCAACAAAAUACAAUGAGAUUUGCUGUGAAUGCAUCAACAAGUAUAAAUAAUAAUGUUAUAACCUCAUCUCUUCAAACUGUAACCAAUUACAAGUUCAAAAAACUGCCAUUUUUUGAGGUUAUUGACAACAUUAUUGACCCAACUAUUCUAGAAGGAACAGAAAAAUGUACAUUAGGAAACUUAAUUAAAGGUUCCAGAGAAUGUAUGUUCACCCAUACUAUGACAAAUGAUCAAGUAACUCUUAUUGCAAUGAAUAGAGACAUUUCAUAUGGAAAAAAAGAGUAUCUUUUUCAAUAUCAGAUUCGAAUUUGUCAGAUAAAAUUUGGGUAUAGUGGUGAAUUAACUGAUUAUUUUCCACUCGAACUUUGUAUUCGAAUUGGAAAUAAAACAUGUCCAUUGCCACCUAAAAUAUCUAAUAGAAUAGGAGUUGAAGCUAGGCGAAUUGCCAAGCCUAUCAAUAUCUCGCAUUUUUUAAAACUUAAUCCUAUGCUUGAAAACUCGAUAACUGUAAAUUGGUUUCCUGAUGGAAAAAGAUACGCUUUAGCAUUGUUUAUUGUAAGAAAGUUAAGUCCAGAUGAUUUGAUAAAAAAACUUCAAAAAAAAGAAGCGAGGAGUUCUGAAGAGACUAAAAAUAAUAUUAUUAAAAAAUUGGCAGUUUCUGAUUCAGAUAUUGUCCCUACAUCUUAUCGUUUUUCCUUGGUUUGUCCACUGGGUAAAAUAAGGAUGAAGAUACCUGCAAAAUCUAUUCAUUGUGAUCAUAUACAGUGCUUUGAUGCUGGUACAUUUAUUUUAAUGAAUGAAAAAAAACCAACAUGGAUGUGUCCAACAUGUAAUAAACCUUGUUUAUACGAAGACAUACGAAUAGAAAAUUAUUUUUUGGAAAUCGUCACUAGUCCUAAACUUGAAAACGACAGUAUGGAAAUUGAAAUUUUAGCUGAUGGUUCAUGGAUUGUUUUUAAAGAAAAUAAAAAUACCGAAAACAUGAAUAUUAUUCUUGAUACACAAGAAAACCUUAUUGAUUACAUUGAUUUAGAUGACAGUGACAAUGAAAUAUCUAUUGACCCAAAAAAAGAACUAGGAUCAAAAGUUUCAGAAGGGCAGAAAUGUGAAAACUUGAAACCACAUCUUGUUGGUUUGACAUUAGAUGAGAACGAAGAGCCAUCAAAAAAUGAAGUUCGGGAAGCUCAUGUUAUACAGCUAAUCACUAAUGCCAUACAGCCAGUGACUGAUGCUAUUCAACCAAUGACUGAUUUUAUACAGCCAGUGACUGAUGCCAUACAGCCAAUCACUAUUGCUACACAACCAAUUACUGAAGUUGAAUUAAAACCACAAGUUCAAGUACAGCCACAACAAGCAUAUACUAGUUCUGAAUAA